AUGGCUGCCCAGGGGCAAGAACCUGACGAUGUGGAGAUCACUCUUCUUGCCGUGCUAAUCGCUGGGGCGGGCAUCUUUGGCAUCACACUAGUCCUACUUCCUCUGAAAUGGUCUGUACUGCUGGUGGCAGGCCUAGUAGCCUUUCUAUUGUACCGUCACCACAUCGUAAAACUCCAUUCCCCCUCUGCUCAAUCCUUCCCCCUCUCAUCAACCCCCAGACCUACCUCCUCAACUUCGCCCCGCAACGCCCUCCCCUCCACAACCUCCCUCCCCGCCGCCUACACAACCUACAUUCUCGGCUCAGGCGGUCAUACUACCGAGCUACUUGAAACCAUCCGCCGUUCCUGGCAACCGGCAUCCAACACCCAUCGUCGAUACAUCAUUUCGGUCAACGACACCUCCUCUCUGACUCGCGCCGCACAGCUCGAGACUAGCUUCGCUAAGGCAUGUCGCCAACUGGGGGAUGAGAGACUAUGGGGAACAACAGAUGUGGUGCUCAUUCCUCGGGCGAGGAAAGUGCACCAGAGCUUCUGGACUGCGCCUUGGUCGUGUCUAAGAGCCGCGAUUGCGGCUAUUAGGGCGGUUGUAGUCCCGCCUAAGGCGAGGUGGGGGCAGGCUGGGUUCAGGUGGGCGCAUGUGUUAGUUACGAAUGGGCCGGCGAAUGGGUUUAUUGUUGGGGCUGUGGUGCAUGGGCUGAAGUUGUUGGGGAUUGUGCCGCUGGAUCGGGCCCGGGUGGUGUACAUUGAGAGCUGGGCACGGUCAAGGACGUUGAGUCUGACGGGGAGGUUGUUUAAUCUAACGGGGUUUGCGGAUGUGUUUAUUGUGCAGCAUCGGGAGUUGGAGGGGCGGGUCAAGGGAGCGGUUUAUCUUGAAGGUUUGGUCGGCAAGGAGAUCUAG